AUGGCUUUCACAAUCAACACCGAAGGCGCCAGGCUGCGCACCCCGAAAGGCCAGCAACACCAGAACGGCUCCGCGAAGGCGCCCUCACCGACGUCUCCCACAUCGUCCGCCAACGAACACCCUAUGGGCGCUCCCAAACAUGGCCCAGGCAUGCAGGCACUGCGCAUCGUCUGCUUUGGCAUUUACUUCUUCGGAUCUGGAAUCUUCAUCCACUUCGCGCAGCUGCUCGGCAGCCCGCUGUACUUCGUCAGCAAAGACUGGUUCUACGCCUACAUGGCGCUCACGAAGCAGUACUUUGGCCUGCUCGUGACGACCAUGACGCAGUGGUGGAGUCCGACGGUCGUACGGAUCAGUGGGGACAAGAGCAUGAAAGGUCUGAUCAAGCUGAAAGACAACGGAGGAGGGAAUGGGAUGCUUGAGGUCGACUUUGGCGAAAGAGUGGUCUUGAUGUCAAAUCACCAGAUCUACACGGAUUGGCUGUACCUCUGGUGGAUCGCAUACACGAGCACGCCUCCUAUGCAUGGACACCUGUACAUCAUACUGAAGGAGAGCUUGAAGUGGGUACCUCUGAUCGGACCGGCGAUGCAGUUCUACAGCUUCAUCUUCAUGGCGCGGAAGUGGUCGAAAGACCAACAGCGACUACGGUAUCGGUUACAAAAGCUCAACUCGCGACAUAGCGGGCCCUUGUCUGGAACCCAAGGAGGUGUCCAACUCGAUCCAAUGUGGCUCCUCAUCUUCCCAGAAGGCACGAAUCUCAGCGCCAACACGCGCAAGUCGUCGGCCAAGUUCGCUGAGAAGAGCUCGAUACCCGACAUGAAGCACCAGAUCCUGCCCCGAAGCACCGGUCUGCAGUUCUGCUUGCAAGAGCUGAAAGACACAGUGCCGUACCUCUACGACUGCACCAUCGCGUACGAAGGCAUCCCACCAGGCGACUACGGCCAAGACGUCUUCACCCUCCGCUCAGUGUACUUCCAAGGCCGUCCGCCAAAAUCCGUAAACAUGCACUGGCGCCGCUUCGCCAUCAAAGACAUCCCCUUCAAUGACCACGACGCGAUGUACGAGUGGAUCUUACAACGAUGGCGGGAGAAGGACGAGCUCAUAGGAGAGUUCAUGCGCACCGGCAAAUUCCCUGCUGAUGCCGAAGGCGUUACUGAUGAAGGCGGGAAGGAGGAGCAACGGUACAUAAACACAGAGGUCAAGCCUAGGAGUCCCUUGGAGUUUCUGGCCAUGUUCACGCCGGUUCUGGGUGCGGCGUUGGUUGGCAGGGUUUCGGUGCAGAUGGUUGAUAGACUUACUGGGAAAUAA